AUGAUCUGGUGGUGGUCGUACACUUCUGACGAUUAUCACCGUCGUCGUAGAUCAAUCGCGACCCAAUUGAUGGUUUUUACUGGUAAGCGGCACGUAGAUAACGUGUUCGAUUACCUUCUGUGUGACUUCACCAUUCUCAUCUUUAUCAACUUGUAGGAAAACCUGAUUGCCAUGUUCCUUUCCGACUGGGAUUAGCAUUCGCCCUCCUUUUGCUAGUUGGUCGAUGAGUGGUUGGGGUAUGGUUUCUGCAGCAGCUCCAACAUGUAUAGCGUCAUACUUGUGGUCCAUCUCAUACCCCCUACGUCCAUCACCCUCAACGAAGAGUACUCGCCCACUGUCAAGAAGAUCAGCAUGAUUCUUCCGAGUAUUUUUCUUAGCUAA